CCGUAAUUACAGUUUGUACCGUUGCUCGCAACACCAAAUUCUUCCAUCAACGGUCGCUUCAUUCGAUUUUUUCUUCUUUUUUUUUGGCGUGGCUCUUUCGCCGGACUACGCGCCUGUACCUAUUUUUUCCACAGACACACCAUAUUUCCAGCUCAUCAGGCUCAGUGUCAGGCCCUUUAACAGCCAUCACCAUGGAUGUUCGGCCGACGACCGCUGCGACAGUGCUCUGUCACAACUGCGGGGCUCCCAUCGAUGGCUCACUGGGCACUCUCUGCGGAGAAUGUGUUCGGUUAACCCACGACAUCAGUCAAGGUGUUCCGAGAGAAGCCGGUCUCGUCUUCUGUCGUGACUGCGACCGUUGGCUUCUUCCCCCCGCUACUUGGAUGGUUGCUGUGCCGGAAUCUCGCGAACUCUUAUCGAUAUGUCUCAAGAGGCUUCGAGGCCUAUCUAAGGUCCGUGUUAUUGACGCUGGGUUCAUCUGGACCGAGCCCAACUCGAGGCGAAUCAGGGUCAAGAUCACAGUUCAGGAUGAAGUCCAGACCGGCGUCCUUCUCCAGCAGUCUUUCGAGGUCAUGUACGUCGUUUCAACGCAGCAGUGUCCGGAUUGCAAAAAGUCUUAUACCCACAACACGUGGAAAGCUUCCGUCCAGGUCCGGCAGAAAGUGAACCAUAAGAGGACGUUCCUGAGUCUCGAACAACUGAUCCUCAAACAUGGCGCCCAUCAAGAUACACUGAACAUCAAGGAGAUGCACGAGGGAUUGGAUUUCUACUUCGCCGAGGUCAACAAGGCUAUAAAAUUCGUUGAUUUCCUCACUUCGGUGGCCCCUGUGCGCAUCAGGAAGUCACAGCAGCUAAUUUCCCAGGAUGUGCACACGUCUACCAAGUCGGUCAAAUUCUCCUUCGCCGCUGAGCUCGUGCCCAUCUGCCGAGAGGAUCUCGUUGCCCUACCGAUCAAGCUUGCCAGGCAGCUCGGUAACAUCUAUCCCAUAACCCUAUGCCACAAAAUUGGCACGUCGAUCUACCUCGUCGACCCCAGUACGCUGCAGACAGCCGACGUCAGUUCCGCCAUCUACUGGCGCGCACCAUUCGCCGCGCUGGCGGACACGAGGCAACUGGUGGAAUUCAUCGUCAUGGACAUCGACCGGACAGGGCCGACGAAAGGGAAGUGGGCGCUAGCGGAAGCCACUGUUGCCAGGGCGGCCGACCUCGGCGUCAACAACACGACCUACUUCGUGCGGACGCACCUUGGCCAUCUGCUGCAACCCGGAGACAGUGCGUUGGGCUACAUGAUCACGGGCACCAACUUCAACAAUGCAGAGCUAGAUGCGGUCGAGGAGUCGCACGCAUACGGUUCCACGAUACCGGACGUGAUGCUUGUGAAGAAACAUUAUCCCAACAGGAGGAAGAACCGUCGCCGAAAUUGGAAGCUCAAGAGGAUGAACAAAGAGGAAGGAGAGCUGCUCCCCAAGCAGAACAUCCAGGACCGCUCGCAGGAGGAAUACGAACAGUUCCUACGCGAUGUGGAGGAUGAUGAUGAGUUGAGAGCGAAUAUGGCGCUAUACAGGGCGCAGCAAAAGAAGGCGGACCCUGAUGCCAUGAGUAUCGCGGAGACGGAGGAUGGGGAUGACGAUGCACCCAAGAUCAGCGUGGAUGAGCUCCUGGAAGACAUGGAUGAGCUGGAGAUUCGGGAUUAAGCGUUCACAUAUCAUGAGCAAAACGGGGUCAUGAGGGUUUUACGGCCUUUGGGGAAUGAAUAAAAAUUGGUUCAAUAUGAUGCAACGUUUGAUUCUUCGACGUAUAUCUGCAUACACAGGUUUCUGAUUUGAGGCCUAAAUUGUUUUUUCCCUUUCUCUCUCAGCAGGAGAUAAUUGGAGAAACGUAACGGCAAAAACCAUAACAUCUAUGCUCGGAGGCUAUGCUGUUACAAUAUGCUAGUCUAACAACCAACUCGCUAUCCAUGUCAGAAUCAGAAAAUCUUGCUCAGAACCCGCGUCACAUGUUCCGGCUGCUCAAUCUUGUCCGACCUCUUCGCCAACGAAGCCUGCUUGAACGUCAUGGAACGUUUAGCCUCCCAAACCACUCCCCUCUCUGCCACAGCGUCUCCUUCACCCUCUCCCUUACCGGCUCCCACCUCCGCCGCCGCCGCCGCCGCCGACCCGG